AAAAAGCACAGCGAAAGAGAUUGAAUUGCAUGGCACAUUGUGUCCGUUUAGUAUGCAUUUAGCUCUCUCAGUCUAGCUGUUUAUCUAAUUAAACAGGCUACGUAAAGGGUUACAAGUGCAGAGAUAAUAUAUAAUGACCUCAAACUUUCCUCUUCCACGUCCUUUGAGAAGAUCCCUGAGCCUGGCUUCUGCACGGACCAUGCGCAUCGUGGUGUUGGGGCAAAGCGCCGUAGGCAAAACCGCUCUAACUGUACGAUUUAUUACAAAACGAUUCAUCGGGGAUUAUGAUCCAACUCUUGAAAUGAUUUACAGACAUACGGCUGCAAUAGAUGGAGAAUUUGUCCAUUUUGAAAUCCUAGAUACCGCUGGACAGGAGGAAGAUUCUUUACAGAUCGAAGAGAAAAUCAAGUGGGGUGAUGGUUUCGCUGUUGUUUAUUCGGUGACCGAUCGCUGUAGUUUUGACGAAGUGAUGAGACUGUGUUUUCUUAUUAACCAUAUCCACUCCAAUGCAAAAAAAGGGACCAGUGACCUUCCUCCUGUUGUGAUAGUGGCAAACAAGAAAGAUCUCCAGUACGAUCGCAUGGUUUCACCUGAAGAAGGAGAAAAGUUGUCCAAGGCAUUGAAGUAUCCAUGUUACGAAAUUUCCACGAGAGACAGCUAUGAUGAGACGGCUGUAGUUUUUAAUACUAUUUACUACGAGUUGAUGAAACAAGUAAACCUUUCGCCAGGCUCCUUCAAGAAAAGGGGUGUUUCAAAAUUAAUGGAAAAAAUUCCCAAACUGUACGCUAACUCUGCACUAAACACAAGUGGCAGGAGUCUAAGUUUCAAUUCGUUUCGAGAUUACAUUCCGGAAUGAAUUGUGGGUGUAAACGUAUCCUGAUACUUCUAAUUCUGCAGUAUGAACAGUAUUAACCGGAGUAGAUAACGCUAAGAAUGUAUUUUCUGGAUUUUUCUUACAAUUUACUACUAACUCUAAUCUGGGCCAGUUUACAUUCGUAUACACCAAACAUCAUCAGCAAAUGAAUACUAUGCCAUAGCUGAUAUAGCGGAAAGUGGUUGGGGAAUGAAAAAAUGGUCGAAACAUGGGAGGGGUAAAGUAGGAAUAAGUAGCAAAAAAGCGGGAUUAAGGACUAAGCUCAAGCUUACUGAAACAUAAGCCACUUCACUUACCUCUAAACAUGGCCUACAGUGGAUUACGGACGAUAUUUAUUCAGAUUAAGCAGAAUAAUUAAUUUAUUAACAGACAUAAAUAUUAUAAAUAUAUACAAAGUCACAAUAAAAGAUAAAUUAAGACUGAAAUAUCGUAAUACCCAAUUUGCAUAUAUAACUAUUCUCGGACACAUACUCGAUACUCGAUACUUUAAAUAUUCAACAAUGAGCAAGACAAUGGUAGGUUCCAAUUAAAUACCCCAAAAACAGCAACAUGUCAGUGAGGUUUUAAUGAAAUCAAACUGGGUGUUAAAUGUAGAGAAAAACCAUCAUCACCAGCCAACUGUCCAUCAACGAAAAACCACUGACCACCAUCACUGGGAGGUGUAGCCUAUGUCACUGUCAUAGACAAGAAGAUCAAGUCUGUGUAAUUAACCCCAUAAACACACAACUCCCUAAAGUUCUUAAAGCAAUUCUAAACCUAUUCUGCAUAUUUGCACAACAGACACCUUUUAAUAAAUUAUUCUUCACCAACAUUCAAAUACCAUUUGAAAACCACACAAAUAUAUAAUGUCUCCAUAUAAAGAGUCAAACGUAUUAUCAAGAGAAUGUUUAAAUAUACAAUGUGAAACUUAAAACAGUAUUUUCACCUAUUGCAUUAAAAUAAUUAGUGCAUGAUUGAA